AUGUUGGACACUGACCUGGACGAGACCUGGGGUCAAGCCAUGGCACCAUGCAGAGGAUUUCUGCUGCUCAUCGGAUUUUUGGGAUCCAUGUUUCUCAUGAUGAUGUUCCGAUGGGACGGGUUACCAGAAAUGAGAGCAGAGAGGAUCCAUCAGCAGCAGGAACUGAGAAAGAAGCUGCUAAGAGAAACGUGUGAUGGUGACAGAGACGCAUUUACUGAAGGCAAGCACAGUUUAGAUGACUUGAGUGACAAAGAGCUGGAGAACCUAAUUGUGGAUGACAAACACUGCAUCAUCUACUGUUACAUUCCCAAGGCAAAGCUGAAACACUACACCAAGUUCAUGUUUGUCCGGGACCCAUUCACCCGACUCAUCUCCGCCUACCGAGACAAGUUCCAGCGGCACAAUGAGUACUACUAUCUAAACUUUGCCCGGGACAUUCUGCGCCUGUACGCCAACCUGACUAAUCCACCACAGACGGUGGACAAGGCAUUUGCAUCCGGGGUGCACCCCUCAUUUUACAACUUCAUUCAGUACUUGCUGGACCUGCGGACAGAGGAGAAGCAGCCCUUUGAACCCCACUGGAGGCAGAUGUACCGCCAGUGCCAGCCCUGCCUCAUCCAGUAUGAUUUCGUUGGCCAUCAGGAGACUCUUCAACAGGACGCCGAACAGCUGCUGAAGAUGUUAAAGCUGGAGAACGACAUCAAGUUCCCUCCUUCCUAUGAAAACAUGACUUCCCCUACUUCUGUGUCGGAGUGGUUCAGCACAGUGCCUCUAGAGGACAGGCGGAAGCUGUACCAGCUCUAUGAGAAGGACUUCAGACUUUUUGGCUACAGAAGGCCUGGAGAAUUGCUUGAUGGUUGA